AUGAAAGCAGCCGUCGUCCAGGCCGAGCCAGUCUGGUUUGACCUUGCGAAGACAGUCGAGAAGACUUGCAAAUUGAUCAAUGAGGCUGCUUCCAAUGGAGCACAGAUCGUUGCGUUUCCUGAGCUUUGGCUCCCAGGAUAUCCAACCUGGAUUUGGGCCCGCCUUAUGGAUUUGGAAAUGUCUGUCAACUACAUUAAGAAUUCUCUGAGAGUCGACUCAGAGGAGAUGCAAGCGAUCAAAUCUUGCGCAGCACAGAACAAUAUUGUGGUUUGUGUUGGAUUCUCGGAACUGUGUGGCGGCUCGGUCUACAUCGCUCAAUGCACUAUUGAUAGCAACGGCGAGCUUCUGAUGACCAGAAGAAAACUGAAGCCGUUUCAUAUCGAAAGGACCAUGUUUGGCGAUGGUCAUGGACAAUCUCUUAAUAACGUUGCCUCGACUACAGUGGGCAGAGUUGGACAGCUAUCUUGCGGAGAGCAUUUUAACCCAUUGUUGAAUUUCAGCACGUUUUCACAAGGUGAAGACAUUCAUUGUGCAGCAUGGCCUUGCGUGCCUACUCACUCGGGCGGUCCAGAGCCAUAUUCCAUGUCGGAUGAAGCUGUGGCAUCAAUCUCUCGAGUAUAUUCCAUUCAAGCUCAGUGUUACACCUUACAUUCUACAACUGUGAUCACUGAGCCAUCAAUCGAACAGAUGAGGACAAAGCAAGCUACAGUGUUCAAUGUGCCGGGAGGUGGGAACGCAAAGAUAUUUGCACCCGACGGGCGUCAACUCACGCAAGAUCUGCCAGCGACUGAAGAAGGGAUGGUGAUGGCAGACAUUGAUUUGGAUCAAGUCACCAUGAAUAAGGCGCUUCUAGAUACAUGUGGACACAACGGUCGUCCUGAACUCUUGUGGCUAGGUCGAGAUAGCUUGGAGAAGCCGUCAGUUCGUAGUAGCUGA